CCGAGGAGUGAGCGCCAUCGACCUCAGUGACAAAACAACGGAGCGAGACCACCGACUGCGGCGCCACGUAACAGACUCCUCUCCAUCAUGGCUUUGCGGGGCGCGCUGUGGCGCCUCCUGCUGGACCCUCACCGACGCGCCGUCGUGUCCGCGUGCAGAGCGCAGGGAACUGCAGCGGCGGCCAGAUGUGACAACGAGAAGGUUGCCUCGAAGUCCAAAACACAAAAGGUCCAGUUCAACUGGCGUGAUGGCCUGGACCUGGAGGGCCUUCUGACGGAGGAGGAGAUCAUGAUCAGAGACUCCUUCCGGACUUACUGCCAAGAGAAACUCAUGCCUCGCAUCCUUAUGGCCAACAGAAAUGAAGUGUUUGACAGAGAAAUCGUGUCAGAGAUGGGAGAGAUGGGGGUCCUGGGCCCCACCAUUAAAGGCUACGGCUGCGCCGGGACGAGCUACGUGGCGUACGGUCUGAUCGCCAGAGAGGUCGAGAGCGUGGACAGCGGCUAUCGCUCCGUCAUGAGCGUGCAGUCGUCGCUGGUCAUGCACCCGAUUAACGCCUACGGCACAGAGGAGCAGAAACAGAAGUAUCUCCCCAAGCUGGCUCGGGGGGAGAUCCUGGGUUGCUUUGGCUUGACGGAGCCGAACCACGGCAGCGACCCGAGCGGCAUGGAGACCAGAGCCAAGUACAAUCCGUCCAGUCGCACCUACUCGGUCACCGGCUCCAAGACCUGGAUCACCAACUCCCCGGUGGCGGACGUAGCCGUCGUCUGGGCCAAGUGCGACGACGGGAAGGUCCGCGGCUUCAUCCUGGAGCGCGGCAUGAAGGGCCUGACGACGCCCAAGAUCGAGGGCAAGUUCUCCCUCCGAGCCUCGGCCACCGGCAUGAUCGUCAUGGACGAGGUGGAGGUCCCCGAGGAGAACCUGCUGCCCAACGUCUCGGGCCUCGCGGGUCCUUUCGGCUGCCUGAACAACGCUCGCUACGGCAUCGCCUGGGGCGCUUUGGGCGCAGCCGAGUUCUGUUUCCACGCAGCUCGGCAGUACACGCUGGACAGAAUCCAGUUCGGCGUGCCACUGGCAAGGAACCAGCUGAUGCAGAAGAAAAUGGCCGACAUGCUGACAGAGAUCACCAUCGGCCUGCAGGCCUGUGUGCAGCUGGGAAGACUAAUCGAUGCUAAAAGAGCCGCCCCGGAAAUGAUCUCCAUGCUGAAGAGGAACAGCUGCGGCAAGGCCCUGGACAUCGCCAGGCAGGCCAGGGACAUGCUGGGAGGAAACGGCAUCUCAGACGAGUACCACAUCAUCCGCCACGUCAUGAACCUGGAGGCUGUCAACACGUACGAAGGUACCCACGACAUCCACGCGCUGAUCCUGGGACGAGCCAUCACAGGACUGCAGUCCUUCACUGUGGGCAAAUAGACGGGGACCUCGUCUCGCCCAAACAGCAGGAGCCCCGCUGCCAAACUCCUGAGUUCCCAUCUGUAGAAAGACAAUGUUUGUCCUCACAAUGUUUGUCCUCACUGAGGCACACAGUUAUGACGACUUCAUUAUUAGGUCAGCGCGAUUUGGAGUGCUUUAUUUUGAGGAAAUGAACGAGUCACUAUCUAAGUGUGUGUGAUUUGUUCAGAAGUUGAUUUUCCAACUUGAAGAAAGGGACUUUUUCUAGUCUUGAUCAUAACAGUUUGAGGUUUAAUCCCCCGUCGUAUUAAUGCAUAGACUUUUACAUAUGCUGCUGUCGUUAUUACUGAUAUUCUAAAGAGAAAAUUGCAUAAAUGCCUCCGACUUGUUUUUAAUUGCUUGUGCAGUGUUUGUAUCAUGUGAGAGAACAUCUGUGACCAGCUCAGUUACUACAGUGAGGUGUUUAUCACUAAGAGGUCAUAACCUUGCAUGGUUUGACAGGUCAAACUUAAAUAAACAAGUUAUUUUCGUUUUAGGGACAUAAGCCAGCUGUUAUUUCCCCCUCAGUGACAUUCAUAUGGAGGGGGCGUGAGAUGAUUUAUGAACGAGGAGAGAAUGAACUAUGUUCUGCUUUGUAUACAUACUGUGGCCAAUUGUGCAAUAUUAGAUAAUUUGUUUGGGUCUUGAAGUGGUCUCUAAAUAAAUCCCUCAGAGUUCAUGUAUUUGAGAUGUUUAUAUUUGAUGCCCUGCGUGUCAGACAACAUCCUCGCCGUUGAUUCAUUAAAGUAGUUGUAUUAAGGUU